GUAUGAGCAACUAUUAUUUUCACAACUUUAAUAAUAUGUAUUUUAACAUUUGUAAGAGCCAUGAGCAGUAAAUAAGAGAAAAAAUGAGUUUAAUAUCAAGAGCCCAUACCAAAUGCAUGCACUGGCUGAGUGUGGUCCAGCCAUAUUUAGUAGAAGUAGCAUACUUUGCAUUUUUUCUGUCACGUCAUAUGACUCUGCCCUUAUUUCAACAGUACGUGAAAGAAGAAAUAGAAAAACAGCAUAAAAGUGCCACACCUUCUAGUAUUAAUUUAACAGAUACCACCAAAGAUGCAUUGAUCCACGAAGAAAUUACACUGUCUGUACUAAGCCUUCAAAUUGCUGAAGGUUUACCAGCAGUAAUCACGGUGAUAAUGUUAGGUGCUAUCAGUGACAAAACGGGACGUAGAAAAAUAUUAUUAUGGAUGCCAUCAUUAGGAAGUGUCCUAUAUUCGUUCAUAUACAUAAUGAUUCAGUAUACUGGUUGGAAUUUGGAUGGGUUAUUCAUGGCAUCAGCAUUGCGAGGAUUGAGUGGUAGCAUGACUGCAUUUUUGGCAGGAGGAACAUUCUAUGCAAUUAAUAGUUCUAACAAGGAAAACAGAUCAACAAGACUUGGUGUCCAAGAGUUUCUGAAUGGCAUAGCAUAUGCAAUUGCCAAUAUUAUGGUUGGAUAUUGGGUUAAAUCUAAUGGAUUUCUUCGUCCAUUUUGGUUUACAUUUAUUUGUAGCUGUAUUGCCUUUUUAAUUUCAUUUUUUCUAGUCAAGGAAGUUGAUAUUACUCAACAGAAUCUUGCCACAAAUAGGAUAAGCAAUAAUCAAGGUAGUAACAACUGUUGCAUAGACACUUUUAAACCAUUAUCAAGAUUCUUUAAAUGCUGCAAAAAUAGGAAAUUAAUAAAAGUAUGGCUGUCAAUCAUUGCAUUUCAAAGUUAUGCCAUAGUUCAUCUUGGACAAAUUAAUACAUUGGUGUUGUACUUUAUUGGACCACCAUACCAGUGGGAUUCUGAUAAAUUUGGUGUGUUUGCUGCUGUUGCUAUGGUGGUUGCUGCCAUUGGAGCUGCAGCCUCUCCAGUUAUAUUAAAGCCGUAUCUUUCAGACAUUAAUAUUACAUUCAUUGGUUUAUUCUCCAAAGCCAUUGGUACCAUGUGGAUUGCUGUAGUAAAGAAUGAAACUGUGUUAUAUUUCGCAAUUCUUCUGCUAGUUGGAGAGUUGCUUCCUUUUCCUAUGUUGAGAUCAGUGGUGUCCAACAGUAUUGAAACAACAGAUCAAGGUAGUUUAUUUGCCUUGAUGCAUUGUGGAGAGAGUAUCUCAUACUUCCUAGCCCCUUUGAUGUUCCAGGCUAUUUAUUUACAUACAUUCAAGUUUUUCAGUGGAUUUGUGUUUGUUAUCUCUGUGACGCUUCUAGUCAUUCCUGUUGUUUUUACCAUUGCAAUCAAGUAUGUAGAAAUGAAUGGACCAACAGAAUAUGAAAGAAUGAGUGGAGAAAAUGAAGGCAUAACAACAAGUCAGAGUUAUCAACAAUUACAAGAUCAAGAAGAAACUAGUCAAGCUAUUAGUGUUAUAAGUAAUACCGAAGUCGAUGUAUGAAUUGUUCAUUAAAUCAAUGGUCAGACAUAGGUCUUAAACAUUGUAUAGGUCAACAAGAAGAUAUUAUUUGACUUUAGAUAAUGGGGACAUAUAACAAUCACACAGCACCCCAACAACUCAAAAUCAGUUUAUUACAGCUUUUAAACUUUAAUAUAAUCAUGAAAUCUCUGUUAAAUUUUUUUUUUUCUUAUAUUUUACUGAAUCAUUAUAUUUGUUUAGAAGAAUAGAAUUGAUAACCAUUUAUACCUAGACAGUUUGUGUUUAGUAUUCAAUUUCUUUAUGUUUAACUUAUUCACAAAAUUUCUAAGCUGUGUAUGAUUAAGAGUUACUGCCGCCUUGAGAAAUAUCCCACAUUUAUUCUAUGUCCAUAUUUGAUAUUUAGCUGUGGCUUCAUGUUUUGUCUGUUGUAUUGUAUUAUUGCUAAGACGAUUAUGUGGUUAUAUCCAGUAUUAUAUUUUUAGCUCACCUGGCCCAAAGGGCCAAGUGAGCUUUUCUCAUCACUUGGCGUCCGGCAUCCGUCGUCCGGCGUUAGCUUUUACAAAAAUCUUCUCCUCUGAAACUACUGGGCCAAAUCAAACCAAACUUGGCCACAAUCAUCAUUGGGGUAUCUAGUUUAAAAAAUGUGUGGCGUGACCCGGUCAUCCAACCAAGAUGGCCGCCACAGCUAAAAAUAGAACAUAGGGGUAAAAUGCAGUUUUUGGCUUAUAACUCAAAAACCAAAGCAUUUAGAGGAAAUCUGACAUGGGGUAAAAAUGUUUAUCAGGUCAAGAUCUAUCUGCCCUGAAAUUUUCAGAUGAAUCGAUCAACCUGUUGUUGGGUUGCUGCCCCUGAAUUGGUAAUUUUGAGGAAAUUUUGCUGUUUUUGGUUAUUAUCUUGAAUAUUAUUAUAGAUAGAGAUAAACUGUAAACAGCAAUAAUGUUCAGCAAAGUUAGAUUUACAAAUAAGUCAGCAUGACCGAAAUGGUCAGUUGACCCCUUUAGGAGUUAUUGCCCUUUAUAGUCAAUUUUUAACCAUUUUUCAUAAAUCUAAGUAAUCUUUUACAAAAAUCUUCUCCUCUGAAACUACUGAGCCAAAUUAAUCCAAACUUGGCCACAAUCAUCUUUGGGGUAUCUAGUUUUAAAAAUGUGUGGCGUGACCCGGUCAACCAACCAAGAUGGCCGCCACAGCUAAAAAUAGAACAUAGGGGUAAAAUGCAGUUUUUGGCUUAUAACUCAAAAACCAAAGCAUUUUUAGGAAUUUGACAUGGGAUAAAAAUGUUUAUCAGGUCAAGAUCUAUCUGCCCUGAAAUUUUCAGAUGAAUCGGUCAACCUGUUGUUGGGUUGCUGCCCCUGAAUUGGUAAUUUUGAGGAAAUUUUGCUGUUUUUGGUUAUUAUCUUGAAUAUUAUUAUAGAUAGAAAUAAACUGUAAACAUCAAUAAUGUUCAGCAAAGUUAGAUUUACAAAUAAGUCAACAUGACCGAAAUGGUCAGUUGACCCCUUUAGGAGUUAUUGCCCUUUAUAGUCAACUUUUAACCAUUUUUCAUAAAUUUAAGUAAUCUUUUACAAAAAUCUUCUCCUCUGAAACUACUGAGCCAAAUUAAUCCAAACUUGGCCACAAUCAUCUUUGGGGUAUCUAGUUUGAAAAUUGUGUCCGAUGACCUGGCCAUUCAACCAAGAUGGAUGCCACGGCUAAAAAUAGAACAGGGGUAAAAUGUAGAAUUUGGCUUAUAACUCUGAAACCAAAGCAUUUAGAGCAAAUCUGACAAGAAGUUAAAAUGUUAAUCAAGUCAAUAUCUAUCUGCCCUGAAAUUUUCAGAUGAAUUGGACAAUCGGUUGUUGGCUUGCUGCCCUCCAAUUGGUAAUUUUUAAAGAAAUUUUGCCGUUUUUGGUUAUUAUCUUGAAUACUAUUAUAGAUAGAGAUAAACUGUAAACAGCAAUAAUGUUCAGCAAAGUAAGAUCUACAAAUAAGUCAACAUGACCUAAAUGGUCAAUUGACCCCUUAAGGAGUUAUUGCCCUUUAUAGUCAAUUUUUAACAAUUUUCAUUAAUUCGGUAAAUUUAUGUAAAUUUUUACCAAAUAUUUUUCUCUGUUACUAAUGGGCAAGGUUCAUUAUAGAUAUAAUUGUAAGAAGCAAGAACGUUCAGUAAAGUAAGAACUUCAAACACAUCACCAUCACCAACAUACAAUUUUGUCAUGAAUCCAUUUGUGUCCUUUGUUUAACAUGCACAUAGACCAAGGUGAGCGACACAGGCUCUUUAGAGCCUCUAGUUUUGUUAUCUCUUCUAUAAAAAUAGUCAAACAAGGUAAUGGAAAUGCCAUUUUAAGACGAAGAAUGAAAGAUUUAUCUGUUAUAGUAUUUGUUGUUUUUUAAAUUAUGAUACAAUGUUUGUUAUAGAUAUUCACCUUACAUGUGUUUAAUUAUCAGUGCAAUAUUAUUCAUUGAAGAACUAUUAAAUCAUAUUUGUAAGAGCACUCCAGUUGUAGCAUAACAACUUUUAACAAAGCUCAUAAAUCUUAUAUCUUUUCUAUGUUUUACUGAGUAAGUUUUGACCUAGUUGACAUACUUUUUACCACCAUUGUACUUCUCAAUAAUUAUGAAAAUUACAGUGUGUACCCUGUGUUUUCAACCAACAAUUUUAAUUUGACAUUUGAUUGUGAAAGCUUUUAUUCAGAUGUCAGAACAGUCAGAAAGUUAUGCUGAAGGGAAGAUAAAUAUUGGCCACUCGAUUGGUUUAAAUGUCAAGUAAAGCCAAACAAUAUUGUGUGGUCACCACCAUUUGAUUAAUCCAUUAAUAUGGUAUAACGUAAACUUUUACACAGUCUGUACCAAAAACUUUUUCAUCUACGAGUCCGGAAACAAAAUAUCAAAACUUGUCCCUUUAUGACUAUAUAAAAUUUUGAAAAAUUUUACUAGUCCGAAUCAAUAUUUACUAGUCUGGGGCAUCGGACUAGUGGCUAACAGUGCAGACUGUUUACAUAUGUCAAAUUUUUAGAAAUCAUUAGGAAAGGAUUAUUUUUCAGAUAAUUGGUUUCCCUUACAAUUUUCUGUCUGACUGAUUUGUAAUUGAUCAGAUAAAUUAUUGCAGUUUUUAUGACAAUCCUUAGACAAAUAUCAGGAUUUCUGGUAAUUCCAGAUACUCUCUUAUCUUUGCUGUACUUGACCUACACUGGUAAAGAAAAUAUUUUUUACCCCUCUACAGUUUAGACUUUGGUUCAAAUACAAUAACAUGUAGGUAUAUCUGCCCACAUAUAUAUAUGCAAGUUUGGAUAGAACCAAUAGAUUUAAGAGAAAUUUAUAGUUGUUAAAUUCCAUUUCUCUAGGACUGUUGUAGACUUUGUCAUUAAAGAUAUCCUCAAUUAAUCAUUCAGAAUAAACUCUGGAUCUAUAUAUCUUUAUACAUGAAACAUUAAACUUCCAACUGAGUGGCUCUCUCAUCCUUAGAGGGUCAAUGUAAAAUUCUUAAUUUGUGACACAUUUUUAUAAUAUGUAGUGUGCACGGUGUCAUGAGUGAGAGAGUGAGGGUGAGUUAAUCAUAGGGAGGGGCUGAAUAAUCAUACAUGUUAGAACUUGCAUGGAAUUUUACAAUAAUUAAUAUCAAAAUGUUAGACAUUUUAAUUUUGUUAUUUAAGUAUUUUGCAUCACCAUGUUUUUAAUCAAUAUGCACAUGCAUGUUUAUCGUAUUAUCAUGCAAUAUAAAUAUAUAACUUUAAAGAAGUCAUUAAUUGUAUUAUAUAUUGUAAAUGUAAUUUCUUUAUAAGAUAAGCCAAAUAAGUAAUGCCAAAUUUGUAAUUUUUCUUCUUUAUUAUUAUUGCAUAUUAUAUUGCAAUUUUAUUAUAUAGCUUUAAAAAUAUAAAUAUAUUGAUAAUGCAUUUCUCUCAUUUCUGUGUCUUAAUUGAAAUGUAUCACAAAGAUGACUUUGAAUGUUUGCAUUAUAAAUGCUUUAAGAUGACUUUCCAAAUAUAUCAGAUAACUUAUGUUUGUUGAUGUGUUAGAUCUGAAGAAAAGGAUCUGCAAGGAAAUAGCAAGAUCUGUAUUAGAAUAACCCUCAUAAUUUAACAAUGUAUAAUGUGUCAAAUAAGUAAUUAUUCCAAAUUUCUGAUAACUUAAGAGGUAAUUGAUAUUCAUUAUUAGGAUAGGAAAAGAGGCAUUUGAUGGCUGAGCCUUUUCAGGAAUAAGAAGCAAAAUAUUAGCGUUAUUCAUAUUAUUUUGUAAUACACCUACAGAAAUACUUGUUAAUUGUGUUUAAACUUUUUUCAGUGGUUGGCAAUUUCAAUCAACAUUAGUGUUCAUAUCAGCAUGGUUGUGUUAUAUGUUUGUUUGUUUGUUUAUGUUUUUAUAUGUGUGUGGGAAAAUUCAAUAUUCCAUUUUGGAGUACAUAUUCCUUUAUUAUUAUGUCAGAUUCUUUAAAGCUAGUUAAUAUAUUUUAUUAUUAAACUUUUAUUUAUCUCAGCACAGAAUAAAUGUGCACUUUUAGUCUUUCAUUUUGUAUAUUUUUUUAAUUGUGUUAUGUAUAGAAUUAUGAUGUUUCAUGUAGUGAAUUCUGUAAAUUAGAUGAAGAAAUGAAUCAGAUUGCUAAUCUAAGGUUAGAAUUUCAGUACAGUUUAUAUAAAAACAA